AUGACGAAUACCAAUCUCAUCGUUGCCAUCAUCUUUGCUGGUCUAUUUGGCUUGGCUCUCAUGUUUGUUGCCUUGUGGUGUCUCGGCCGUUACAUUCACCAUUGUUGUCUCGAUAUUGGGCAAUGGCUCCACGCUUUGUCACCUCAGUCGCCCAAGGAUCCACCAGUAGUGUAUGUGGAGAAGCAUCAGCCUAGAUCCAGAAAAAGCGAGCGGGGAAGAGGAUUCGAUCAGCUACGAACCAAAAGGGAUCACGAAAGCGGCAAUUUUGAAUACGAAGGGACAGGGGAUGGCAGUGUGGACACAAGGUCAACCGUCCAGCCUUGCUCUCCUGUGCAAGCUCAGCAGCAACCGUAUAACCCCACAAAUUACCCUUGGCUGGUAUGGCAAAAUCAAACUCAAAACAUGCAGCCGGUGAUGCAGCAUCAGAUACCAAUGUGUUGGCAAGCACAGGGUGUUCGUCGAGUACCAACCUGCGUAAUGCAAACAACAAUACCUUGGCAGCCGAAUCCACAAAUGGCAAUGGAGAUCUCGGAACCUUUCCAGGGUCCGUCUCGGUACCUGCCCCACAAGUUGUCCCAACCACAAAAAUGUCUUUCGGCGAAAGCCAGGUCGCCUGAGAAGUAUGCACGUCAGGCAAGGAAGGUUGACUACAUUCACAUUUGUGACGAGUAUCCGCCUUUUGUGCUAGAAGCACUCAACAAGGCAGCUCAAUCACCAUCGCCCGCCUCCUUCUCUUCAUCUUCAUCGUUGGCAUCAUCCAGCUCGAGUGAUGGAUCUGGAGCGACGCAAGAGGUACCGCGAACUACUAUACCAUGCGCUACGCCUGCUUGCAUCACGAUUAAACAGUACCCACAUAUUGUAGCACGCGGAAGUGGUACCUCUAGGGCAUAA